CUGUUGUGUAAUGUAGCCGGUGAGCUGGCCCCAUGGCUAGAAUCUGUAUUAACUUUCAGGUCUUAACUGUUACAUCUGGUUCUCCCUCUGACCAAGCAAAUCAGUCAGAGCUGCUCAGAAUACAGGGCUCAUGUGCAGCAUAAACAGGGACCCCUCAGAGAACAUCAAAACCCCAAGCACUGAUUGCAGGUCAGAUCCUUCUGUCUUUCAGCCCAAGGCUCUUGCAUGGGCCCGAUCCACACAGUUCAGUUCCCUGAAAGGCAGUUGAAACGAUAGGAUGGCAGCAGGCUGUCACAAGUCACAGCAGGUGAGCCCAGGCUGGAAUUGCAAGCAUGCUAGAUGUGGUUGGAUGUAGCCAUCCAUUGCAGAAAGGUUCCCUUAUCACCGGCCUGCACAGCGCUCUGAGCAUGCGCCAAGCUCCUGGCUCUUGCAGGGAGAUUUUGAGCGUGUUUGCUUUACAUAAUUAUUUGCAAAAAAGAAAAGAGCUCGGGUGUCCUGGCAGUGGUUCAGGGUGACCUUAGUCACAGCCCAGUUUAAGUCCGUGACUCACCCAGCAGGGCUUUGCUUGCAGCAGAAAUGGACUUUGACUUCUGGUAAGGCAUUGUGCAGGAGACUUGAAGCAUGCAGUUAGCACACAGCAAGCCUGCCACACCCAGGGGAAUGCAGCACUUUCGCCAUCACCUUUCCGUGCUCUGGGAGGAAUCGGCUUCUCCCACACUUGCUCUGGGGAGGCCAACAGAGGCAGGGAGCUGGCCAAGGAGGAAGGAAGCUCCUCAAGUUCUGCAAACGUUCACUGACAGGAAGAGGAGUAGCUGCUGGAGUCAUCUGACUUCUUCGUGAGCUUCAACUUGUCCAGGAGAGAGGUGUGCUGAAAUGAAGAGAUCCAGUACCUUCGAGGAGCAAACAGAGUGUGUUGUAGAGGCACUGCUUUCUGACUUCCUGGGGGGAAAGGAGCCAGUUGCAUGGCGCAGCCUGGAGACGGAUUCUACGUCUCGGGCAGAGUCAGCAAGGGGGUACUAGAAGGUCCCAGCACGUUUGACCCGGUGGUGAUUGCCAGCCGCCUGCGGAUGCUGGGGGACAUGUACAACCAGGAUCUGGAGGGACCGGCUCAGCAGGUCAUCACCGGCAUGACAAGUGGAAAGGUGGAGGCAUUUCGAGCUGCGGUGGAAUCUCUCAGCAGGAGCUGGAGCAGCCAGAACCCUGAGCUGGGCUACGAGAGAGCUUUGCUGAGUGUCUCUGUGAAGCUGGGCAUGUACGUCGCCCAGAAAAUCCCAGCUGUGAAGGAGCAGCUGGUGGAGCUGAUUAACAGGAACCGCCAAGUGAGAGGCUACAUCCAGAACCAGGGUGGAUGGGAGAACUUGGAAGCCUCGUAAAACUGACAAGAAAAGCCACACUGCAUCCAGAGGUGUGCUACCCAUGCCCAGACACUACCACUUUUCAGAAAGAAAUGACUCUUCCUUGCCAUCAGGCCUACAGCCUCUGGCUUUCCCUCCCCAUCCCUGAAGAUGGAGUACCUGCUCUGUGAUUACAUGUGUUAUGGCUGUCCUCCCUGCCAACCGGGGCUCCAGUUCCCAUGUGCAAUCCCUUUAUUCACAAGUAUCUUUAGGGCAGGUUCAGAUCUCCGUGUUAGACCUUGCCAGAGACACCUGGUUUUGCUGAAACAAGCUCCUAAGGAGUCAGUGCAUCUUAAGUGACCCUGCAGCUUGUGGGCAGCUCUUUGGGGUGCUGUGCUGCGCCUGCCUGUGGUGUGAGCAGUCAGCAGUGCCAGAGGGGCUGCGUCCUAUUUUGGGCUUUGUGGGGAGUGGCCUUGAACCGAGUCACCCCACCCCAGACCAUGCUGGAAGAGCUGCACAGACAGGGAUUUCUCCCUGGCCCCAGCCCUCACUUCCCAGAGAAGUCUACCACGCCUCUCUGAGCGGGGAUCUUCCAGAACACCUCUGUUAGGCUCCUCGCCCCUGCCCUGAUGCCCACCUGCGAUUGUGGGGGUGGUGGCAGCCUGAAUGUCUGUAUAAAAAACUUGUCAGACUGAUUUGUGAGCAUGAAGACAGUCCAAGUCCUCUGCGUGUUUGUCCUCCCACCCUGUGAAUCAUGCUGUCCCUGGCUUGUGAGUUGCUGUGUCUCCCAGCCCAUCUCUUCACUUGGAGCCCAUGGGUAAUAAAUUAUUAAAUGCUUGAUUCUAA